GCCUUGCACAGCGCCCUCCUCCCCCGCGCGCAGUAACUCCCUCCCUGCUCAUCGCUUGUACUCUCGCCACGCCGCCGCCCGCCACUGCAGCACCAAGGGGAGGAGGAGGCGGAGGAGGACCGCAGCGUGGCAGCCCGGAGCCACUUUCCCGCCCCUCCUCUCGCCGCCGACUCACUCAAAGGAGUCACCACUGCGCGCGCUGCAGGAGAGAGUGGCAGACCGAGGCGGCCCCGGGCAGCAAGAGGAGGGGUGCCCGCGCGGCGACGGCUGCAGUGCAGACACCGCUCAGGGCAGGGGGUCCCCGACGGCUGGAACGCUCUAUUCUCAACCACAGGUGGAGGAUGCUCUUCCAGCUGAGCUGCUGAACACUCCAUCCGUGGACACUUCCCUACUGCGCCUUGGCCGUCAGCUGAGACAACAUGGAAGACUCCUACAAGGAUAGGACUUCACUGAUGAAGGGUGCCAAGGACAUUGCCAAAGAGGUGAAGAAGCAAACCGUGAAGAAGGUGAACCAGGCCGUGGACCGGGCCCAGGAUGAAUACACCCAGCGGUCCUACAGUCGGUUCCAGGAUGAGGAUGAUGAUGAUGACUACUACCCACCUGGAGAAACCUACAGUGGAGAGGCCAACGAUGAUGAAGGCUCCAGUGAGGCCACGGAGGGUCAUGAUGAAGAGGAUGAGAUCUAUGAAGGGGAGUACCAGGGCAUCCCCAGCAUGAACCAAGGGAAGGACAGCAUAGUGUCUGUGGGACAGCCCAAAGGAGAUGAGUACAAGGACCGCAGAGACCUGGAGUCAGAGAGGAGGGCUGAUGAGGAGGAGCUGGCACAACAGUAUGAGCUGAUAAUCCAGGAAUGUGGCCAUGGCCGUUUCCAGUGGGCCCUUUUCUUCGUCCUGGGCAUGGCGCUCAUGGCGGAUGGUGUGGAGGUGUUUGUGGUCGGCUUCGUGUUGCCCAGUGCAGAGACUGACCUCUGCAUACCGAAUUCAGGAUCUGGAUGGCUAGGCAGCAUAGUGUACCUCGGGAUGAUGGUGGGGGCCUUCUUCUGGGGAGGACUGGCAGACAAGGUGGGCAGGAAGCAGUCUCUCCUGAUUUGCAUGUCUGUCAACGGAUUCUUUGCCUUCCUGUCUUCGUUUGUGCAAGGCUACGGCUUCUUUCUCCUCUGUCGUUUGCUUUCUGGAUUCGGGAUUGGAGGCGCCAUCCCUACCGUGUUCUCCUACUUUGCUGAAGUCCUAGCCCGGGAGAAGCGGGGUGAGCACCUCAGUUGGCUCUGCAUGUUCUGGAUGAUUGGUGGAAUCUACGCUUCGGCCAUGGCCUGGGCCAUCAUCCCGCACUACGGGUGGAGCUUCAGCAUGGGCUCAGCCUACCAGUUCCACAGCUGGCGCGUCUUCGUCAUCGUCUGUGCGCUCCCGUGCGUCUCGUCUGUGGUUGCCCUGACCUUCAUGCCGGAAAGCCCUCGGUUCCUGCUGGAGGUGGGAAAACAUGAUGAAGCCUGGAUGAUUCUGAAGCUAAUUCACGACACCAACAUGAGAGCUCGGGGCCAGCCAGAGAAGGUCUUCACGGUAAAUAAAAUCAAAACUCCCAAACAAAUAGACGAGCUGAUUGAGAUUGAGAGCGACACGGGAACGUGGUACAGGAGGUGCUUUGUUCGGAUCCGCACAGAACUGUAUGGAAUUUGGUUGACUUUUAUGAGAUGUUUCAACUACCCAGUCAGAGAAAACACCAUAAAGCUUACGAUUGUUUGGUUCACCCUGUCCUUUGGGUACUAUGGAUUGUCUGUCUGGUUCCCUGAUGUCAUUAAACAUCUGCAGUCUGACGAGUAUGCCCUGCUAACCAGAAAUGUGCAAAAAGAUAAAUACGCAAACUUCAGCAUUAACUUUACCAUGGAAAACCAGAUCCACACGGGAAUGGAGUACGACAAUGGCAGAUUCCUCGGAGUCAAGUUCAAGUCUGUAACUUUCAAAGAUUCAGUGUUUAAGUCCUGCACCUUUGACGACGUGACCUCAGUCAACACCUACUUCAAGAACUGCACAUUUAUUGAUACCCUGUUUGAGAACACAGAUUUUGAGCCAUAUAAGUUCAUCGACAGUGAAUUUCAAAACUGCACGUUUCUUCACAACAAGACAGGAUGCCAGAUUACUUUUGACGAUGACUAUAGUGCCUACUGGAUUUAUUUUGUCAACUUUCUUGGGACAUUGGCAGUGUUACCAGGAAAUAUUGUGUCUGCUCUCCUGAUGGACAGAAUCGGGCGCUUAACAAUGCUAGGUGGCUCCAUGGUACUCUCAGGGAUCAGCUGUUUCUUCCUGUGGUUUGGCACCAGUGAAUCCAUGAUGAUAGGCAUGCUGUGUCUGUACAAUGGACUGACCAUCUCAGCGUGGAAUUCCCUUGAUGUGGUCACGGUGGAACUGUACCCCACAGACCGGAGAGCCACGGGCUUCGGCUUCUUGAAUGCGCUCUGUAAAGCUGCGGCGGUCCUGGGAAACCUGAUAUUUGGCUCCCUGGUCAGCAUUACCAAAGCAAUCCCCAUCCUGCUGGCUUCCACCGUGCUCGUGUGUGGAGGACUCGUGGGGCUGCGCCUGCCCGACACACGAACCCAGGUUCUGAUGUGACGGAACAAAAGCCGCCAUCUCUUCCCACCGUGGGUCGGUCCGGCUGCCUGACUCGAGGCUGCAGAGAUUUUGUGUAUAGAAAGGCGGCCGGGUAUCAGAACAAACUUUUGCUGUGACAUAAAGUGUAGCUGCGUAUCGUCUUGCCCCUCCAAUGUGACUUUGCACUGUUUUGUUUUGGUUUUUUUUCCCCCAGGCGUUGUUAUCUCUAUCUAUCCGUGAUCCUCCUGCCUCUCCGUGCCCCGUGGAAGUGUUCCUAAAAUGUCCCAGUCAGCCAGGCUUUCCUGGCGAUUCUGUUCGCUAAAAAGUCUGUGCUGGUGUAAGAAAUAGACCCUGCCCCGAGGCAUCAUUAACAGGAAGUUUAAGUUGGCAUAAUUAAGUUGGUGCUGAGGAAAGGGAUUUCUUUCUUUCUUUCUUUCUUUUUUUUUUUUUUUCAUACAGAGUGAGAUUUCCUGUUUACUUAGAACACCCAGCCACUCUAUUACAACAGGGUGUUUCCAGAGAAUUGUGUGAUACCAAGCAUGCCUGGGGCGGGGCAUUUUCAGGCAGGACGGGUUAAGGUGAUUCUGCUAGCAAGAAAAAUUUAAAGUCUGCCCCCAGUCGUCAGCAAAAACCUGCCUGAGCUGCAGAAGCCAGAUUUUAGAGCCUGAUCCAUGUGAGGGCUGCAGCCAUCACAGUGUCUGUCUGGGACUGUGGCGGGGGACAGAGUUUGAAGACCAGACAGAGAUCCUCUGCCUCUCUUUGCAUUCCCUAAGCAAGCUGUCCCGGAAUUGGCCAGAUAGCAGAUUCAGGGAAAGAAAGCCACUUCUUAAAAAGUUCGAAUCUGCCUCUUCAAUUCUGCUACUCCUUUCCAAUGUCUCUGGUCCAGCGAUUGGCCGUGGAAAUUAGAAAUGGGUAAGGCAUUCACAACCAAAGCCAUUUGGAAAUGCAAAAGGGCACCUCUCUCAAUACUGUUUCUUGAGGGUCAAAGCCAUUCACCCUCCUUUGUUCCUCUGUCCACUGUCACUUUUUAACCCCCAUCUCCACAGCAGGUCCUGUCCCUCCAGCUUCCCGGGGCUAUGGGCACCCAGCCUUGUCUCUGAGUUGCCUCUGAGCCCGCCUCCUCUCCCAAGCAACCCUCUGGCAGGCUGGGCAGCAUCUCCUGGUGGAUGUCUGUCUGUUUUACCUCUGGAAUCUUCAUGAGCGUAGAAGGAGAGGUCAGCAGGACAUUCCCACGGGCCAGCUGUCAGCUAAAUGACCUUCUGGUCUCUCGCUGACUGCCCCUCCCCCAAGCCCAUCCUUUUACACGUCUUUGAAAUCUGAAGCCACCUUGUAGAUUUGCAGCCCGCGAUAAAAGCCAGCAUAAGCUCCAUAUUUGAACAACAUUCUCUUUUUUAACUCCCUCUCUCUGGGUGGAGGGUGAUCCUUGUUGCUUAUUUUCUGCUAUUCCUGCAUGACCACAGCCCUGGGGCUUCCACGAAAAGGAAACUUUUGUUUCCACUAAUCAGUGUGUUCAGAGAUGGCCCUGCUCCCUGGAACCACCCCCCCCCCCACCUCCCCUCCCCUACCACAUUCCCUGAUCCCUCCUGGAGCACAAAUUCUGUGAAAAGCUCUUUGAUUAACAUAAGCCAUUAAUCCACUGUCCCCAACAAGUAAUUCAGGCUUGGUGGUGGGGACAGCCUCGCGUUAAGAUGGGAAGCCUCAGAGAGUAGUAGUUCCCUGGAGAUAAGAUAGAUACUCAGAGCCAGAACAUCAAGGCUAUCAGGGCAAAAUCUGUAGAGGUGGCCAGAAAAAGGAAAAUCUUCAAGACCGGGCAUGAUUGAUUUGAAAGACACCAACAAAGCAGGGACCAGAACAGAACUCAGUUCUGCUUCCUUUUGCAUCCCUGGGAAACAAACCCAUAGUUUAAAAACAUAAGAAAGUAUCUUUUGCAUUAUUCAUUUUUCCACGUGGGUUCGUUUCCCCCUCCUAUUUACCCGUGAUUUGUCUUUUUUUUUUUUUUAAAGGCAUGUUUGGGGCCCAGAGCAGAUCUUUUGGUUGAAGGUGGCAUGUAAAGAAAAUGCUGCAAAAGUAAGAUAUGACUCUUAUCUUGGCACAGGAAGGAAAAGCGGACAUAUGCAAGGGCAUUGCUUUCUCUACUCUUGCGUGGUAGUGAACUCACGGGAUACUAUUUAGUCUCAAAUUGCCUGUGUUCUCUGUCUUACAGUCUAACUCCAUCAAGUCCAUUCCAAACUGCAAGACAUAGUUUUUAUCUGGAUGCUGGGUUGGGUCAGCAGCAUGGGAUAGAUAACCCAGCAGAGCCCUGUUUUGUAAGACCGUCUGCCGUCUGUCCUCUUCAGAACUAUUCUGAUCAUCUACCCCAAGCUUCCCAGGUGGCCCAAGAGGGAUCUCUUCUAAUCUUCUGGACAGUCAGUGGUCACAAACCUUCUUGGUCACCACCUUUCCCACCUCCCAUGGUUUUUCCUCGGCCUCUUCAAUUAUGCAUCACAUUCGUUGUCCAUGAUAGUGUCUUCACUGCUUCCCAAGUAUGUGGUGUGGCUUGUUUGGGUUUAAUUAGAGAUGAAGAGUUAACCGUAAGAUUCACCAGAAGUUUUAUGAGUGUUAUAGGCCUUGGCACCAGGGCAGACAUCUGCUGUCCCAUUUCAUACCCAGCAAAAGGAAAUUGAAAGCUGAUUGAAAAAGGAAAGGAAACUGCCCCGUUUGUACCUGAAUUUGGAACUCCGUUUCUGACUAAGAUUUCCCCCAUUGCUCUUCGGAAUCAGUCCAGGACACUCCCAAGUUUUACUAUCACUGAACCCUCUCAAUAGGAAAGAAAACAAAACAAACUAUAGCAAAACAAACUAUAGCUGCUCUGCACUGUGACUUCUGUCAGAUGCCCCGUUCUGCCUGUUGGGUCUUAAGGCUCCAUUCAUUCCUGUUUCCUGAUCUGUCUCACACCUGAGUACUGACCCAAGACACAAUAUCCGUGGGGUCUCAGAGGCACAGGCUCCACAACCAGGCUGAAAUCUUUCUGGGGUGAAUGCAUUUGAUCUUAGCCAAAAGGCCGAGAAUUAAGUCACUGGACAUAUUGGUCCUCAGUUUCCCCGUCUGUAGAGAAAAAGGACGACACUAUUUUAUUCUCUAAGAUACUAUGGGACUAAAAUGAGAGUAACCUCAUCUUAUCUGACUUCUGCUGAUGGGAAGCCCACCUUCAUAUCAUACUGAAAAUUAGACAGUACCCAACCAACUAUAAGGAGGUGGCUUGGGAAGACCUCAUACCAUAGGCUAGAACAGCUUCCAUGUUGUCUAUGCUGCCCAUGCCUAGGGAUUAAGUGUAUCUCGUGUCAGUGCCACUGGAACGGCCAUUGUUAUCCACCCAGGGAAUGGACAACCCUGAAAGACACAAUGCAGUUAGAAGCCAGUCUGAUGGAGGUAGACCCACAAAGGCUGGAUCCUGUAGCCCUCUCUCCAUCUACUUCACUGUUUUUUUGAAAUUAUCUUAAAUGGAUCUAGGCCAUGAGGAACAAUGUUUCUUGAUGACUUGACAUAAGCUGGUAGAUGGAUCCUCAUUUACAGAUUCCACCCAUCAGAGCUCAAGUUUGCACCAAAAACUUAUUUGCUUUCAGAGUAUCUCUGGACAUCAAGGGAGAGCCAGCAAAAGAGAUGUGGUCCUGGAGGGUGAGUCCAGUGUUCUGUUGAUAACGUUCCAGCGAUGAGAUUACUGCACCUGGGAGACAUUCUAAACUCUAGGAUCGAUUCCAGAGCAUUCCGUGGGAAUACUUUCUGAUGUCUUCUGCCAACCAAAAUAGAAUAUUAUAUUCUCCAGUUUGUUUCUACCUUAUAUCAAAAAGGCUUUUUACCUAUUUCUUCAUCAAGAGGCCUUAUUUGUUCAUAUACAAAAGGCUCCGAAGCCAGGAAUGCCUGGAUUUGACCUCCACCUGGAAUUGUAGACAACCAACGUAUUGUUUGGGACCUAGUGGCUGUGUAUCAGGUUUCUUUUAAAUGCCAUACUGUGCCAAACUUAGACUAGUUACCAACCACCCUCACCGCCCCCCCAAAAAAAGUCAUGCUGAGACAACAAAAACACAUCUGCACAGUAGAGUGCUCAGAAGUGACCUAUGUGUUUCUUCAAGUUUUUCUUCUGCUGAGCAAAGUGUCUAUUUUCGGUAACACGUCCCUUGAAUCUGACAAAAGGAACUUGUCAGGCGCUUAGAUGCAUUGCGUGUCCUUUCCCUGUUUCAGGAAACUGGCAAUUCUCCAUGUACUGUUCUGUCGCUUUCACUAUUGACGGUUCCCCUGUCAACAAUCUCUCAGCAGCCACAUGCAAGCCAUCAGGGCUUCCUUCCACCUUUCUCAGCUCCCAAAUGCAGCUGAGUCAUCCCAGCAUUCUGAGCCCCAGGGUACACAGUCUUCUGGUCUGUUUAGGUCAUUGAUGAAAGCCGGUGGAGCUGGGUCAAGGAGAGAGUCGGGUAGAGUAGGUAUAUCUCCUUUCAUGAGUUUGUUGGGUAAGUAUUGGCUGACCAUCAUGCUAGGUGUUCAGGCACUAGGCUGUGUGUGGAUAUGUGUGGCAUCUCUUUGAGAACAGGGAGAGCCAGGGGAAUGAACAAGACACUCUCGUCUCAUCUCAUCUCACGGUGUGUGUAAGGCCUCUCUGUCAAUGUCACAUGUCUCCAAGUUCUAAACAAGUUAUAACCUACAACAGGUAGUACCAGAACUAUGCAGUGACCAGGGCGACCUGUGACAGAAGAAAGAGCUUCUUAGUUGGACGGUCUUUGUGGGAGGGAGUCCUAAACAGUCCUUGAAAAGUAAGACACAUUCAAUCACAUGUUUUUUCAUAUGGUCUCAACAGGAAAUUGCACCAAGAUAUUGUACAAAGAGGAGUCAGCAGCAAAGAUAGCCCUUGCCUUUCUAGAGAUGUCCAUUCUCCAGAGCUGUUCUUUACAGGGAGCUAGGAAGUAAAUGUGUUCCGCUCUGGACAAGCUAGAGCUCUUUCUCCAGGGCCUCAGCGAGCCCUGGCAACUGACUGCUGAUCUCUGGCCUCUCCUCCACCCCUCCCAGGAGGUGUUUCCUUUCUGAUGUUAGAGAUUUGUGACUCAGUCAUGCUGUCUUGCAGACAUCCAAAAGCGACUUUCCCCUUCUGUAGCCUCAGCAGACAAGUCACCCAGAAAACGGGUUCUGACAACAGGAGGCUUACAAUGGAGAUUACAGGUGACAGUUUGAAAUGGGGUGUGGGGUUGUUGCCAAGUGUUCUGAAGCUGCAGAGGAACUUUGGGGCUCUAGAGCCUCCAAUGAGGCAGGGCAAAGAGAGCGUGGAGUCACUGGCCCUCUGAGAGCCCUGGGUGCCUUUUCUUCUCCCCAACUCUGUCCCUGUCCUCUGGUGGCUCAUAUUCACUCUCUUCCUUUCAUGAAUCGCCCUCCUUCCUUCUUGUCACCUCUUGACUCCAGCAGGGUCCAAAGGUGAGGGUAAGCACUAGGACUCAGGAGUGUAUGUGUUCUUGACCAAGGAAUGUACAUGUCCUUACCUGUAUGGAACACAGAGGAUGGAGACCCUGGGGGAAUAGGAGUGAAGUGAUAUGGUGUUCCAUGGGUCCCUGUAAAGGUUUGCAUGUCUGAUGUCCUCCUCCUAGCCCUGCACCCUGAUAAGACUAGCAUAGAACCAGAGGGGCCCAUCUCUGAGCAGAAGACAUCCUUUGGCUUCCCAAAGGAGCAUUCCUCUCCAAGAGCAUGGCAUUCUGUGAGAAACAGAUGGAUGGCACAUAGCUUUUUCUUGUCUGCAUAAAUCCCUACUCAGUACUGAAGGUCAGAUGCUUAAACUGCAAAGGUUGGCCAUCCUCUGCCUGCCCUACCAUAUUUGUGUGGCCCCUAGAGCCAAGAGCAUCGAGAACCAAAAAGAGGCAACAGCUUUCAGCCUUUGGUUCAAACUCAGAUAAGUUUUAAUGUCAAGCUAAAAACCUUCCAUGUCAGCAAGGAUAGGGGGCCCUAAGCAGCUUCCAGGUGCUGUGAGAAGGACUGGCCAACCAGAACAUAAGGGGUGGUGUCGUCUAAGUCCCACCAUGGCUGGGAACAGGCUCAACCCAUUUCUUCAGACCCAGUUGUUAAAGCUUCAGGAAUUUUAAGAAAGCCAGUCAAGAAAUAUAGCCAUCAUUAAAAGUUAAAUACAAUUGAAUCAGUUAUAUUUUAAAGCAAUAUCUAUUCAAAACUCAUCACUUUCUACUUAUUUUGCUACGUUUUUCUAUUAGCCAUGCCCUUGAGGAAAUAGAUGCCUAGUAUAUCUCUAUUAUGGAAGUACUAUGUAAUGGUGUCCUAUUGGACGUAUAUUCUCAAUGACAGGGUCAAUGACAUUAUACUGAGCUCACCCACAGUGAUAAUAUUUAUAGCAAGAAAAGCAACCCAUGCUAUAGGUCAGACUCCUCCUGCCCCUAUAUAACCCCAGGCACUGGUAAACAUUUACCAACAUCUCACUAUCUGAAGCCCUGAAGAAUAUUUAGCUUCCUAUAACUCAGCAGUCACAUGCUUUGCUAGCAGGCCAAGGGCCCUGGGUUCACAGGGAAAGAGGUUGGGCCUCCCCACAUACAGACCCCAGCCCGGUGGAAUUGAAUGUCCCCUCGGGCUUGUGAGUCAGCAUUCCAUUACCCAAAAGUACAGGGGAAGGAAAGAUUUAGCAAGAACUCAUGUCUGUACCCCAAGGCUUCCUUCCACACUCACAUUGGCUCAGAAUAGGGCCAGCCAUGCAGAGAAACCACCGGCCUCUGGGUGUUGUACCUUCAGGGAAAAUUGCAGAAAGUUAGGUUGUAUAUCCUCUGCCUGACCCAGGCAAACACCGGACAGACCAUGAGCUCUUUAUCAGUGUCUGAAAAGGAAAGCCCGAGAAGAGGUUCUUCACGGUGUACUUCCGCCUUGGUUGCCUGCUCAGCCUACAGCUCCGCCCUGCUUUUGGCCAUGGGAUCCCGGCAGGGGUCCUGUCCUUGCUUUGGGUGUAUGGGUGUUUUGGCUUUGUAUUCUUUCUCGUCUCUAUUUUCAGUGCUGUGUCUGCUGCCCCACUGUUUGGUCCAGCCCCUCGCCUGCACUGUACUGUAUAUAUGUGCUGCAUGUGUGAGACCUCAAUAACUCCCAUUUCAGGUUUCUGGAGUUCCCUUCUGGAGUUCCCUUCUCGAGUUCAGCUGAUCCUGCUGUGAACUCAUCUUUCCGGUAUGGCUCCUCUGUGUCUCAUUUCCGAUUGCCAAAAUGUUGGGCCAAGUGUGUUUUCACAAAUGUCCCAAGACAGCCAUGUGUGUGUAUCCUUGUGAAAGGGCAUGCUCUGUGUGGGAUGGCUCGUGUACAGCGUAAAUCUAUCACAUGUGGAAGUGUGUAUACAUUUAUAUGCCAGAUAGCUACCAUUCAUGUAACAGCUACAAAGAUAUUUAAUGUACAUCAGAUUAAUAAAAGAGCAUUUUUUGCUCCAUUAUAUUCAAAUAAA